GCCCAGCUCUUCCAUUCAUUAGCCUUUCCCAAUGCUCUGAAACAGAGCAGCUUUUCUAACGCUCUCGCGCCCUCUUGUGCUUCUUCCUCUUCCUCCCUGGUCCGUACUGUCUCCUCUCAAUUCUAAUCCUUUCAUUCUAUAUCCUUUCUUCCCGUUUCUUUGCUGGAGGUGUUUCUCCGGCUCCCUUCCCUUGGCAGGUAACUUCAUCUUCCCUUUUUGUCGCCGCCCUGUUUCAUUUUGUCCAAGCAGCUGUUCUAGAUAAAUUCCAACUUUUCUCUUUUUCCUUUUUGCUUUCUUAGCCCCUCCUGUGUUUUGGCGCUGAAGGGCUGUUGUAUUUUCUUUUCCUUCAUCACUGAAUUGCUACUGCUCGAUGAAUAUUUUAAUUCUCUUGCUUGAUUGAAAUGCAUGUUCAAGUUCUUUUCUUUGCUGAUGUAAUUUGGGCUUCCGAAUCAAAGUCUUAAUCUUGUGUACUCUGCGUAAUUCUGCCCCUUUGUAGGGGGUUUGUGAAGUUGGGAACUUUGAGACGACAUAAUCAAGACCAAUAUUUGUCUUAUUGCUGUUUUAUUUGUUUGGCAAAGGGUUCUCCUCCGUAGUGUAAUUUGAAGCUCUCGUGAAAAUUCUCUUUUUCCACCCUUUUUGAAGGUGUUUCGUGUUCUGGUAGAGAAGGGUCCGGGGAGACAAGUGCGAAUUUUGGAGUUCACCGAGGUUUUGGAUUUCUGGUUGACCUUGUUCUGCUGACAACUGUUUAUAUAGAUGUACAUGGGUGAAUCAUUAGGGGGGUUGUUCGAUUCUGUGAAUGGGUUGAAGCUGAGUCAUGAAACCCUCUCUGGUUUAACUAGUAGGAAUCUGGUUUCUGGGUACAAGUCAGAUAAUUCUGCUGUUGACAAUAAGAACCCAGUGAGGAUUUCUCCUUUGCCAACCAGUUGCCCUAGUGGAAACGUUGGCGAGGCAACAUUUCAGUCGAGCAGAACCCAAGCUUUAGAGUCGCCCCAUGAUGAUUUUGAUUUCAGUGAUGUAGUUCUCAAGUAUAUUACUGAUAUGCUCAUGGAAGAAGACAUGGGAGACAAAGCAUGCAUGUUCCAGGAGUCCUCAGCAGCACUUCAGGCCGCAGAGAAAUCACUCUACGAUCUCAUUGGAGAAAGGUACCCACCAACUUUACAUGUUACUGAUCAACACCAUGAGAGUUUAGAUGAAAGCCAUGAACCGAAUCCUCGCACUUGUUCUACUAGUAGCCCGAACAGCAACAGUUGUGGUGGUAGUAGCUUAAUUGAUUCUGGGUGGAGUUAUAAUGAUAGUUAUACAUCACAUAGUCCAGUGCUCAGCUCAAGCACAGUAAUUGAUAGUUCAUUCGCAGAAUCUCCAUUGAGCAGCAUUUCAGUUCCAGACUUUUUUGCUGAGACCGAGUCUGCUAUUCAGUUUAGAAAAGGGUUUGAAGAGGCAAGUAAGUUCAUUCCCAGGAGUAAUUUGGCUCUUGAUGUAGUGAGUAAUGGGAUAUACCUUAAAGACCUUUAUGAUCAUGAUAGUAAGCAUGAGCCUAGAGGAAAGAAGAACCCUCAUCCUCCUGAGUAUCUCAACUUGGAGGUUGGAUCUGGAAGGAGCAGUAAGCAGUCAGCAGUUUCUUCUCCCGACUCAACAGUGAGUUCUGCAGAUUUUGACAGGAUAUUACUCAACUGUGCACAGGAUCCAGAGGCUUCACUCCGUGCAGCUCUUCAGAGUGAGAAGAACAAGACAGCACAGCAGAAUAGACAAACCACCAAAGGGUUGUCUAGUAGUGGUGGCAGAGCUCGAGGCAAGCGCCAGGGGAAAGCUAAACAAAAUGUGGUUGACUUAAGGACAUUGUUGACUCUCUGCGCACAGGCUGUUGCUGCUGAUGACAGGAGGAACUCAAACGAUCUUUUGAAACAGAUAAGGGAUAAUGCUUCCCAAACUGGGGAUGGAAUGCAGAGACUCGCAUACAUUUUUGCAGAUGGUCUGGAGGCACGCUUAGCUGGCUCGGGAACACAAAUAUAUAAAGCACUCAUCACAAAACCAACCUCAGCUGCUGAUGUGUUGAAAGCGUACCAGCUGUUUCUAGCUGCAUGUCCAUUUAGGAAGCUCUCGAACUUUUUCUCAAACAAAACAACAAUGAACUUGGCUCAACGUUCAACAACGAAAACUCUUCACAUAGUUGAAUUCGGAAUUCUUUAUGGUUUCCAGUGGCCAUGCCUCAUUCAGCGCUUGUCCUCCAUGCCUGGUGGGCCUCCAAAGCUUCGAAUCACAGGAGUCGAUUUCCCAAACCCGGGUUUCCGGCCAGCUGAAAGGGUGGAGGAGACUGGGCGUAGGUUGGCAAACUACGCUAGAACUUUCAAUGUUCCGUUCGAGUUCAAUGCCAUUGCACAGAAGUGGGACACCAUUCGGAUCGAGGAUCUCAAGAUUAAGAAGGGUGAGGUUCUGGUUGUGAACUGUUUAUUCAGGCUGAGAAACUUGCUGGAUGAAACCGUGGUGGUGGACUGUCCUAGGAACAUUGUCCUAAACCUGGUAAGGAAAAUGAGACCCGAUGUUUUCAUACUCGGCGUUGUCAAUGGAGCCUACAGCGCACCAUUCUUCAUCACCCGGUUCAGGGAGGCUCUCUUCCACUACUCCACUUUGUUUGAUAUGUUGGAGACUACUGUUCCACGUGAUAUCCCGGAGAGGAAGCUUAUUGAGAGAGAAAUUUUCGGUUGGGAGGCCAUGAAUGUGAUUGCUUGUGAAGGUGUAGAGAGGCUGGAGAGGCCAGAGACAUACAAGCAGUGUCAAGUCAGGAUGCAAAGAGCUGGGUUCACACAGCUGCCUCUGAAUAGGGGGAUUUUUACGAUUGCAAAAGAAAAGGUGAAGGAGAAUUAUGACAAAGAUUUUGUGAUUGAUGAGGAUGGGCAAUGGCUUCUCCAAGGGUGGAAGGGUCGGAUUUUGUAUGCACUCUCUACCUGGAAACCUAUCGAUUAUUAAAGUAAUCUCUCUAUUGUUCAUCAUGGAACAGGCAAGGGGCAUUGUGGGGUGACCUUGCCAUAGGGCAAUGGUUUCUUCAUUCUGUGAGUUCAUGGUAAUUCCAUUUGUCCCUCAUCUUUCUUUCUGUUACCCAACUACUGUCAUUGCUUUCUUGCAGUCAAAAUGGAAAAAUUAACAUCAUAUAUUUUUGGUUCAUCUGCUUGCUGAGCAGGACAAUCAGUGAGAGACUGAGAGUUGGCCAAGAGAGUUCCCUGGUUUCUAGGCGUGCAAUGCAGCAGUAUCCAUCUCAACGAGCGAGGAAGAGAUGAUCGUUGACUGAUGAUCGAUCAAGUGUUUCAUGGCAACCGCUAGAGCUUCUUGUUUGAGAGCUAAGGAUCAUCUGUAGCCUUGGAGCCGUGUUAAAAAACACAGCACAGAAGAGAAGAUUACAGUUUCCGUUUUUCGCCAUGUAUAGCUUCAGAAGUGUAAAUUUCUUGAUUUGUUUUUAGUGUUCCGUAUAUUCCUAAGCUAUUAGCUGUGGCAAUGCAUCAAAAUGGCUAAUCUAAUCAGAUUCGUUGGCAGAAAUAUCUGCAAUGUUUCUGAUAUCGGCUCUAGGAUCUGCAGACUUUUGAGUUGAAUAGUUCCUUAAGUACCCCAUAGUAAUAAUUUUGUUCUUUAGCCAGUUAUCUCAUCUCAUCUCAUGGUUCUGAUAAUGCAAGUGGGUGAUGGUGAUAGCGGUGGUGGCCGUCCUGUCAUAUUCUCGUUAGAAAAGUCCUCAUCCAUGUCUCUUUCUCCUGUUUUUCCCAAAUACAAUGCACAGCUGAAGCACUUUGUUUGUUUUCUCUAUAAAAUCUUUGGUCUUGGUCACUGUCAGCUUUGUGUAUAUAUUUGUUUCACCAAACUAGUAGCUUGUCAAUGUCUUCUAGCUGGUUCUACGGCUGGAGUCAGUUGGUAUAUGUUUUAUGUUAUAUUUAUUUGUUUGUUUUCAUUUCUAUGGCGAGUCUAGGUCACGAAUAAACGUGAGAGUUCACUGCUAGUAGGCAUUGUUGGAUUGUUUUUUCGCUUACGUGCCCAACGAUUAAGAAAAUUACAUGCCGCGAGUCUAGGUCACGAAUAAUCCGAUGGUGUCAGCUUGCGUUGCACGCCGCGUGGCAGCAUAAUAACCAACAUGACAUGCAGUCAGUUGAGUUCUGUUUGAAAGAGGAAGACCAAUAGUGUAUCGUAGUAUGAGCUGUUAAGAGUUUUCUUUCAUGAGCUGUACAUCAUUAGUUCUAACUUCUAGACAUGAUAAGUAAUGAAGCAGUGCAGUUUCUGAUUAACAAAAGAAGUAACUUGAGAUGGCAUAUUACUUAUACGUGCAGUUUCUGAUCACCAAAGUUUUAACUUGAGAUGACAUAUUACUUAUACUGAAUUAGUUCCAACUUCUAAUCAUGAUAUAUGUAAUGAAGCAAAUCGAUCAGUUUGUGAUGAGGAAAAAUCAGUGCAGUUUGUGAUCAAGACAAACAUCAAAACCAUAUUAAGCAACCUUAACUCUUCUAUUUUGUUUUCCUUCUUUGAGUCCAGUAACGAGGAGAAACAAUAGAAUGACACAAAUGAGUAUGACGAUAGAAUAUAAUUGAGAGCUUCUUUGUUAUGGGCUUAUGGGCACUCAACCCUUGCCAAGUUCUUUAUUAUAUACUGAAUGUAAAUAGAUAUCAAAGUGGUAG